CCCUUCGUUUCUUGGCCACCUUUUUUUUUCUUCUUCUCUUUAAUCGUAUAAAGCAGUCCAUUUAAAACGUUAAACCUAAAUAGCUUUAUUUUCUACAGCGCUUGCUAGCUCAAGCAUGCAGGUGGUGAAGAAAUCCGGGAUCGGAAUGGACGGCAGCAUCGCUUCCAUCAACGGCGACACGUCGGAUGCCGUUAAGCUGGACAGCCCGUACGAGACAGUGCGACAGCUGGCGGCUUGCAACGCGGUGGUGGUGUUCAGCAUGAGCGGCUGUUGCAUGUGCACUGUGGCCAAGCGGCUCCUCUUCGGCCUCGGCGUCGGCCCCGUCAUCAUCGAGCUCGACGAGCACUCGGCCGGCCCGGACAUUCAGGCCGUGCUCUACGAGCUCUGCCCCGACGGCCAGAAGCCGGUCCCGGCGGUGUUCGUCGGCGGCAAGUUCUUGGGCGGCGUCGAAACCCUCAUGGCAUGCCACAUCAAUGGCUCCCUCGUGCCUCUCCUCAAGGACGCCGGAGCUCUCUGGCUCUGACAUUGAUGACCAGAAUAUGCUUAAUUACCUAACUGUCCUUUAACUUUUUUUCAUAUGCUAUGUUUCUCUUUGACCGUCUUUGUCUAUCUUUUUUAUAUUACGUAGGAUGUGGUCGUACAACGUACGGAGUGACAGACCGACCGGCCGGAGCUUUGUUUCUUUAUCUUCCGGUUCUUCACUCCGAAGACGAAAGAAAAAGAGUUUGUUUAAUUUGCAAUAGAUGCAGUGAAGUGAAUGUAUUGAACAUUAUAUAUGA